AUGAAAACCAUUCUGUCACGUCGCUGUAGCGUUCAGUGUGGCACGGCUUGGCGGCGAGGAAUGUAAAAAUCAUGCGAAACAUGUGUCGGGGUAUAAGUAUAUCACAACUUUUUUUAUUUAUUCACUAGAAAAAUACAUCCACUAUGGCAAAAUAGUAUCCCUGUUGACACAGAACAGCCGCAAAGUCACUGUCGAGACCGCGAGGUUUUUAAUCGGGGGAGUGCAACUAUUAGCUUGUGAAGCUAACGUUACAUAUACUCGUUUUUGCUAGCAACUGACCUCUACCAAAACACGGCGCAUUGGACUAGUGAUCAAUAAGUUACAAAUUCCUUGUCGUCAGCCCUCCUACCAACCCAAAGUGCUGCCCUGCGUACGGGUCCUGUGAAUAUGAGACAGAAUGAGUCAGAGAGAUACCCUGGUUCAUCUGUUUGCUGGAGGGUGUGGGGGAACGGUAGGAGCCAUCCUGACCUGUCCUCUGGAGGUGGUGAAGACCAGACUACAGUCAUCCCACAUCACACUCUACGUGUCUGAGGUGCAGCUCAGUACCGUCAAUGUGCCCAGCGUAGCACGCAUGCCCCCUCCAGGACCUUUGCACUGCCUCAAGUUGAUUCUUGAGAAAGAAGGAGCCCGCUCUCUGUUCAGGGGCCUGGGGCCUAAUCUAGUGGGCGUGGCCCCCUCCAGAGCCAUCUAUUUUGCUGCAUACUCCAGUGCCAAAGAGAGAAUGAAUGGAGUGUUUCAGCCGGACUCUACACAGGUCCACAUGGUGUCUGCUGGCUUGGCAGGGUUCACAGCCAUCACAGCUACCAACCCUAUCUGGCUCAUCAAGACUCGCAUGCAGCUGGACUCCAGGAACCGCGGGGAGAAGCCCAUGAAUGCGUUUGAGUGUUUGCGGCAGGUGUAUCAGACAGAAGGCCUGCGAGGGUUCUACCGGGGAAUGUCAGCGUCCUACGCUGGAAUCUCAGAGACUGUGAUCCACUUUGUCAUCUACGAGAGCAUCAAGCGGCGCAUCCUGGAGGCCAAGGCCACGCAGCACAUGGACGAGGAGUCGUCCAAGGAUGCCUCAGACUUUGUGGGGAUGAUGCUCGCCGCUGCCACCUCCAAGACCUGUGCCACAUCCAUUGCUUACCCCCACGAAGUGAUCCGGACCCGGCUACGGGAGGAAGGCACCAAGUACCGUUCCUUCUUCCAGACUCUGACCACGGUUCCCAAGGAAGAGGGCUACCGGGCGCUGUACCGCGGCCUCACCACCCACCUGGUGCGCCAGAUCCCUAACACCGCCAUCAUGAUGUGUACCUACGAACUAGUGGUCUACAUGCUAAACGGUUAACCUUUGUCCCUUGACCUACGACCCCAGAUUAAACCCUAGAGAGAUGGACCAAUGGCACAAAGAGACCCCCAAGAAACAGGAGAGGGACCAGGUACUCCUCUCACACCUCCAGUCCCUCCAUCCUGUCUAAAACAAAAGCAAAUUGUCCCAAAAGCACCCUCUUUUGGGAUGGGGGUUGGGUUGUUUUCAGGGGUGCACGACACAGGAAGAGGGGUUGGUAGACAGGAAAUCACCAUGUUUGUUUUGGGGAUAUGGUUUAAAAAGAAGCAGUGUCAUUAAAUUAGUUCUUAGGAGCCCUUUCUCUCCUUUUCUUGCCCUCUCUUAUCGUCUCCUAAAUAAGCUUCUUUACAAGAGCAUAGCUUACUGGAGCAGGUACAGUAGGGAGAACACUCCAGCUAUUUUAGUCUAACAAUGCUAAUCAUUUCUCUGGUUUGUGUGUCAAGGGGGCAGUAGAGUAGAGGUAGUAGAGGCUUGUUGAGUGCAGGGAGGUCUUAAGAAUUGGGUUGAAGGUUUGAGCGAGGUGGAUAGGGGACGUGCCUUGCCUUGCGUGACAACUUCAACUGACUGGUAUAGAUGCACAAUAGUGAUGAGGAGCAAAGGUCAGACCAGCUCUUGUUUCUGGAUCUCAUUAAACCACAGUUGGACCGCAGGCAUUCAGAACCACACACAGUGCUGGUCGGGUCCGCUUUGCACUCAGGACCAAGCCUGGUCCCCUCCACCCCAGGACAGCAAGCUCACAGGUCAUCCCUACAGCCAGGUCUAACCUAACCUCUGUGACUGGCUGGCCCUGACUAACACUAUAAGGCUUGAAACUCUGACUCAUACAGCAGUCUUUACAGUGUUCUGUAAAGUGGGUGAUAUAAGAACCUUUUGACCCACUCCCUCAUACCACCCAGACUGACCAGAAUCAUCCUCCAUUUUAAACUACUUGAAUGUUAAUUAACACAAGGAAUAACAAAUGAAAGACUAUGGGAGCAUUGUCACAUCAGAUGGCAACUUUGUGUAAAUAUUCUAAGAGAGAAAAUGCAUAAACGUUUACAAACUUAACAAGACAAUUAUAUGAAAUCGUAUAAAUGUCUUCAUAAGAUGUAACAUUGUUGCAUUUUUCUACCCAGUCAUAGGAGUUUAAACUGUUUUUUGGGAGAUGCGGGUGAACCCCUGAACCCCAAGGUUUCCCCUCCUCCCCCCUUUGACAUAGAGCAUUGUGUGACUCUUUCUGCACUUUUCUAUAGACCUGCUCCGACCUCCAGUUGCAUCUCUUCUUUCUCUGCCUCAGAAUCCACAUGUUACCGAUGAGACAAUCUGUCCAGUGUUCACUUUGGGAAUAGAUGGAAUUCUCUUGUGUACGUGUGUGAAAUGCUACACGAUAAGGAGACCCUGUGUUGUCUAUACUUUAUGCAGUGUGUGUUUUUACAAGUUGACUACAUUUGGAAAAGAAAUAGUUUUGAUGCCUUAAACAGAAAGAUGCUGUCUACUUCUUUCCACUCCCUUUAUUUAGCUGCUUUUCCUGUUAUUUUCUGAUUGUCAUUUUGAAACUGUGAGAACUCAAUGUUCAUCUCCUUGUUUACAUUGUCUUGUGUAACCAUAGACGACCUUACCUACUGACCUUUCCCCACUCACAUAUGAGCACGAAGAGCCUUCCCAGCACAUGUAAGCAUCACUGCAGCCAUUCAGUCAAAUAUCCACAGGUCACACUAAUGCUAGAAAUAGGAAUUAAGUUCAUAACAUGCUUACUGUUCCUUAAGAGGGGGUGCACAACCACAUGUUGCACCUGUAUUCGUCUGUCUCACUCGUCAUAAUUCACGAUUUUAGAAACAUUCUAUUCUUACUGACUUGAAAAUGUCAACACAUUUACCAUUAAUUUCUAUUGGCCACAAAAUAAUCUGAAACACAACCAAAAACAAACAGCAAAUGCAUCAAACACAUUUGUAGUCACAAUCUUGACGUAAUCAUUGCGUGCUAUGAAUAUGGGGCCAAAUACUGAACCUAAGUGCAUUUGUCCUAAAAUGGGGAGACUGCCAAAACAAGUGUCACUGUCCCAGUACUUGGAGCUCCCUGUAUAAUUAAUAUAUAUUUUUUAAUUGAUCCGAGGGCCGCCAGUUGCCCAUCCCCGACCAACAUGUGCAUGUUUCUACUCUGGGUCUGUGUGCUUAUAACCAGAGACAUUUGGUACACUGUUCUUUCACAUGGGUCUGUUCUCAUCUUGUCCCUGAAUGUUUGAAUUGUGUGUUUGUUUCUUUUCCAUAUGAUUUUCAUGCCCUUUUUUGUUUUGUAGGUGUGUGUCAGAAGUAUGCUCUCUGUCAUUAAUGGACUGUGUUUUUCCAUUUGUUUCCUCUAAUUUGUGUUUUGUAUUUGCUCAUGAGGUCUUUGACGAGCCUCCUAGAUGCGUGGCUGACUCUAUGCAUUCUUCACACCCCUGGUUUGUAAAACAAAUUUCCAUAAAUGGGAAAGGGUGCUCGGGGCAUUUGUGGUUUGAUUGUUUCCAGAAAAUGUCUAACUUUACCGGCAAGGAAAGAAACAGUUCACUACUGUUUAACCAGCAGAUGGCAGUAUUGACUUCAGGUGCCUGCAGCAAACUACCAAGUCACUUAUAACAAACACAAGUUUCCAUUUGUAUUAGUGGUAUGUACGGGAUACAUGGCAUACACCACCCAACCAAAUGCGUACGUGCAGGUUCUUCAGUGCCACAUAAAGGAAAUGGCUCUGUAAAAUAUUUGAUCAUAAGUAUAAUACAGGAAGGCACAAUUUAUAGUCCAAUAUGUGUUUAAAUAGUGCAGUAUUUAGCAAUAAUAAUAAGUGUGACAGUGAGUCAGUCCAGUUGAAGUGGUGCUAAAAGAAUGACUCAUGGGUCUACUGAUGUUGACGUCAGCCAGACACUGAACCCUCCUACAGCUCCAUACAUGACAUGUCCUUUCAGAGAAAUGACCUUCACACAAUACCCUCUACCACACGGUGGAACGGCAGUGAGGUGCUCAUUUGUCAAAUUCUCUUUCAAUAAAGUGUACUUUCUUUCCAUU